AUGACAAAAUACUUUCUCCAAUCACUGAGGGAUCGGAGAGAGGCGGAGUUCCUACAGCUGAAACAAGGAAAUAUGUCGCUUGAUGAAUAUGAAAGAAAGUUUAAACAACUUUCUAGGUAUGCCACACACCUUGUGAAUACCGAACCAAAGAAAGCUAGGAGGUUCGAACUAGGGCUAUGUCCAGAAAUUGGAGGAAUCAUGGCAUCUCACCGUACAACUACCUAUAGUGAAGUGCUUCAGCGAGCUCAAUCAAUUUCUGAUCAUCUAGAAAUGGAUCGGAUGACUGAGAAAAGUAAUGAAUUUUAUGGUAAACGAAAGUGGAAUGGACCAAAUAAAGGGAAAGGAUUUGGACAAUUUAAGAAAGCCAAUACAGGAUCAGGAUCCAGAAAACCAAAUAAAGUUAUUCCUCGAUGCCCUAAAUGCAACAAGGCGUAUAGAGGAGAGUGCCUAUUUGGGAAAAAUGUGUACUAUCGAUGUGGCCAAGAAGGACAUUUUGCCCCAGAUUGCAAGGCAUACCCACCUAAAAAAGAUCUUGAGCAAGGCUGA